AUAAAGAGCCCUGAUCCAUGCUCAACUAACAACAGGUGCGAAAAAGUAUGCCUUGACGAGCAUUUGCAGGCCAGCGUCAUGGCCGGUCACAAAGAAAAAUAUCGCGGUGCUACAAAGUACCUGAGCGAUCGAGCCAGACCUUCAGAAGCCAGUCAAGUGUUGAUCUGCCGCGCCAAAUCAAGAAAAGUCCGCCUAAACUUGCAGACUCUGAUCAGCCAAGACGUUCCACGACUUGUUGCAUCGAAGGAUGAAGUGGAGUCAUCAACAUCGACAACAUUGCCAACCCAUAUGGUAGUGGGAGUCACAUACGGCGCAGAAGCCUAUUGCGUCCUUGCUUUAGAGUCAGGCGAAGAUGCCCGUGAAAAAGAUGAAGAGUACCUGUCCGAAAUAGCAAGCAAAAUGGCAGCAGCGUUACACGAUAAUCUGGAUUUCUGCGGGUUCAAAGAUUUGUUCAAUGCAAUAGAGAAAAAGCAACUGACCCGUAUUAAAUGUCGUCUUUAUACUGAUCUCCCGAUGUCGCCUUUCCAAGAGUGUAGCGUUUUCGAUACUUUCAAAGAAUGCCAUAAACUAAUUGAGCAAGUUCGAAAGGGCGACAUCCGAAACAAAACGAUUGUACCGAUCGCUGUUCGCCUCUGUCCCCUCAAAGACAUCAUGGGGCCAGCUGCGGAUGUAUACCCUGAAUAUCAAAACGUCGACCCUGAGUUGGUAACUCGCUGUUGUCGUAUCUGGGAGGCACUGGAUGGCAUCUGCGCAAAAUCUGUCGCCAUCCGCGCUUCAUUGCGCCAAUUCGAAAAAGCUAUAGAUAAAUACCAACAGCUGGUGCAAAAAGCUUUGGGACGCAGCAUUGUAGAGGCGCGCCAAACUGGCAAAGAGGACGAAAUUGAAAAAGUAGUAAAAAUGGCUGAAAAUCACACGAUUUUCAAGCCAUCACGACUGGAACGAUGGCUCCGCUGCAAACAGGCAGAGUACGAAAUGUCCUGUCAAAUAAGCAGCAUUACGGAUAUCAAUUGUUUGGCUAAUAAUGAAGAACUGAAGAAACACCUGGAAGUUGCCUUCGACAAGAAAUACUCUUUGGUGCUCAGCAUUCCACCGCUAGAUGAACAUACGAACAAAACUCUCGAAGAUAUGAAGGAAUAUGUUGCUACGUACAAGAAACUUGCCCAGGUACGUGACGACGAAAACACCGACGACAGCAGCACUGACGACGAAGAAGACGACCUUCCAUGGCACAUGCUCAAGCACAAACAGGGGCCUGUUCUGACCAAAAUCCACGAGCUUGUCGAUCACCUGGAAAAUAACAAAGACCUAGAGAAAAACAUACAAUGUUUGAUUGUAUUUGACGAAGCGCUAGAGAAAUUUGGAUGCCAUUAUUCCGUCUAUCAUACUGGCAAUCUAUUAAAGGAUAACCUGAGUCAAUUGCCCGCACCUCCUACUGAUCUGCGGAUUUAUGUCUCGGACAUCCGUAAUGUGAAGGAAAAACCGUCUUCUUCAACCAUCCGCCUUGAAUGGAAAUAUGCAGACCUUGGCCUCCCCUGCUUUUUUUUAGUAGAAUAUCGAUUGAAUGGCGGUAAACGAAACACUUGGAAUCAGAAGAAAACAACAAACCCAGGUGAAACACAGAUUGCAAUCCCCUACAAAAUGGGAUCGGAGAUGGAAUUCCGGGUUGCAGCUGAGACUUGCAUCGGUCGAAGUGAAUUCAGCCAAGUGGUCAACACAGUAAUUAUACGAGAACUUAAUGAACAUGCAGAGGCGACACCUGUAAAAAAAUGUUUAGAUUCGGAAGAAGAUAUUUUGCAGUCUACGUCUCUUGAGUUCGCGUAUGACGAGACACCGGAAGGUUGGAAGGAGGCUGACUCUACGAGCAUGAGAGAGAAUCAAGAAACUUUGCGACGUAUGGAUCGCUACAGUAACGAAGAUCUGGAAAAGGAAGACAGAGACGACAGCGAAAAAUUACAAGAAGAAGAUAAAACAACUAUUAAGGAGAUCGAGCAACACAUCACUGAGAUGGUGGUGCUGGAAAGCGGAUUUCAAGUGGGCGACUUGUACGACUAUUGCGGCGAUCGCAUCUUGACAGGUGGUCGCAAGUAUGUGGAGUCAAGCAAAAUAGGAUCGGCUGUUGGGGUGGAAAACAAUUUUAGUCUUGAAUUUAAGUGCUCCGACUCAAGUUCCAUGAUUAACAAGGUAGAAAAUAUGGAGCUCGAUGAGCACUUCCAGGCCAGCUUCUUGGCCAGUCUCACUGAAAAGCCACGCAGUAGCAGUAAGUACCUGAGCAACUGUUGCAGCUCAUCACAAGCAGCGCAAGUCCUCAUUAGCCGGGUCAAAUCAAAAGUGGUGCGAUUGGAUUUGCAGAAACUUACGAUUCAAGACGUUGCGCAUCUCUAUGAGGUAUGGAAAAAAACGAAAUUGCCGAAAUCGAAAUCAAAUCCAACUCAUAUUGUGGUGGGCGUCACUUACGGAGGCGAAGCCUAUUGCGUCCUAACGCAAGAUCUCGAAGGCGACGAAACAGAUGACUGUUCUCGUGAUGAGGCUGAACAGUAUCUGUCCCAAAUCGCAAAUAAGAUGAGCGAGGCGUUGGAUGAAAAACAAAAUUUACCCGAAUUCAAGGCACAGUUCAAUAUGAAAGAGAAAAAACAACUGGGUGGCAUCAAAUGUAACCUGUAUGGAGAUUUUGAAACUAUAACUAUACAGGGUUGCAACGUCUUUGACGCUUAUAAACAUAACCUCAAGUUCAUCGAACUAGUCGAGAAGAGUGGCAUUGGAAACAAAAAAUCCAUUCCGAUAGCGGUGUCUCUUUGCCCUCUUGGCGCAAUCAUGGGACAAGACGGGAAAGACGAGUUCAACUAUCACGAUGUUGAUCCAGAAUUGAUCAGUCGUUGUGCCUCUAUUUGGGACCAAUUGGACAAAGUCUGAGCGAAAUCCAUUGCC